GGUUAUUUAAAAUGGAAACUAACCCUAUUAAAGUGAUUGUUUUGGGGCCUUCAGGUGUUGGAAAAACCUGUAUUAUAAAGCGUUAUGUUGAAAAUUCUUUGAAGGAUAACGUGGACGUAACCGUGGGGUGUGAUCUCUACACUUGUAAACAUGUCAUACAUGACAUCGUUGAUUGGACUCUCAAAUUACACAUAUGGGAUACCGCCGAUCAAGAACGCUACCACUCCAUAAUUCCUCAGUAUUACCGCGAUGCCAAGGUCGCCUUAUUGGUUUUUGAGAUCAUUUCACAGCCAAGUUUUGAAAAAAUGCAGAGAUGGUUUGCAGAAUUGAAAGAUAAUAUUUCUCCGAUGGUCUUAUGUGUGAUAGGAAACAAAACUGAUUUAGAAGAACAAAGACAAGUCACAAAAAAGCAAGCCCAGUACUACGCUGAAAGUAUAGGUGCUUCUUAUUACGAAUGUUCAGCGAAGAAAGGUAGGGGAAUUAGAGAAGUGUUUGAUGAUGUAGCUCGUCGUAUGAUAAGUCUACUUGAGAACAUAACUGGUUCUAGUGAGAUUUGGCCCUUCCACAGGGAACAAUGCAGCUCCAACCCCUGGUGGUCCUGAUAAGUCACAAUGUAAUUGUUGACUUUUGUAUAAUUUUUAUGUAUAGCCCCCAGAAAUACAUAGCAUCGUCAUCCAUUGUUGUACGAGUGGAGCAAAUGUAGUUGGUAACGCAAAAAUUUAUCCUGGUUUGGAACCAAAUUGUGUCAGCAGAGAGUUGACAGGUGGUUGACAGCGCGUAAACCGGUGUUGUCAUGUGGUCUUGGUGUGGUCUUUUUGUUUAAAGUCAAUUAAUUGUCAAAAAAGAUUUUAUUGAUUAAAUUUUAUA